AUGGAAUCCUUGGCAUCCCACUUGCCCAAAGUGGAUGACAAGGCGUUGGAGUUUGAUGUAGACAUCCGAGAUGGUCAGUUUAAUCUUGAAGGCAGUUACUUCCUGAAGCUGUCGGUUCAGAGUCUGGAAGUGACCGAUUACAGCAAUGUUACUGUACGCAAGGGAAAUGAGCCAAUGUUCAGCAAUGGCUUUAGUGCACAGACAGACACUGUCAGUCAAGUAGAAUCUUCUAAAGUGUCACGGUUCCAGCAAAAAAAAUUUCAGUUCAGACUUCCGCAAGGUUUCUGUAAAAAUGACAAAAUGCACGAUGUUUACCUGUUGGUGGAAGCAUUUGUACAGCCCAAGAAUGGAGGAAAAAGUAGAAAAGUUGGUGAGGGCAAGUUUGCAAUAUAUCCCCGUCCAAAUGCACCACGAAUAAAGGCUGAUGUUGAUCCAGGGGAAGAUUUUUACCGCUUCACGGAUGUCCUGUCCCUGUUGCGAACUGUCAGUACAGACAGUGUACAGAUGCAUUGUGGGAGGAUACGUUGUACCUAUGCUCUGCGUGAGGUAUUGCCACCUCGUCCUAAGAGCCCCGUUAUCACGCCUCCACCACCGCGACAGGAAAAAAUCACUCCAAGACGGGAUCCACCUGUGAGCACUCCAGAGCCAACUCCGCGAGAGCAACCAAAACGAACUUCUCCCUGGGGAGAGAAUAUAUCACUACAUUUACCACCCUCUCCUACACUGCCACCUGCCAAUGAAGGCAAGAAGCUCCCAGAGGGUCCUCUCCUAGAAUCUGAUCGGAAGACAUUCUUCGUAGGUCAGACAUAUCGUCAUGUGGCUAAAAACGGCAAGGAGCAAGUUGAUGUGAUUGUACACGGGUCCAUGAGUCUACCAUCUACACCAAGUGGAAAUCCUCCACUGCCUUACCCUAUCAUUAAGAAUCUAGCUGCAGACAAAAAGAAAAUGGCUAUUGGAUCUCCAGGUCACACAACACUACAGCCCACACAUGCGCCAUCGUGGGAGGAAUUACUCACCAUUAGCAUGACAGAUGCUGAGGCAGCAGAAGAUGUGCUAGUUAUAGCAGUGGCUGAUGGCCCGAGUAAAGAGAGACUUGCUCAUUAUGAGAUCCCUAUGGCAUACCUAGAGCCCUUCCAUCAGUAUCACCUGGAACUUGUUAAGCCUGUCCAAGGAAUAAAGAGUGGAGUGCGUACCUUUGUCACAAUCACAAGAAAGCUUGACCACCUCCUCAAGGAUCCAGCAUCUCCUCAGUACCUAGGACUUGAGGUGAUGUUGAGAUCAGUCCAGAGACCGUUCAGAAAUCCACUGGGUCCACUCAUAGCUGUGGCUAGAAUGGUGCCAGACUACUAUAAUUAUAAAAGUGACAAUCUACUGUCCCACCCACGUACUGCUGCCGUUAGUAUGACAAGUGUAACAUUUCCCUCUCCUCAUCCUGCCACAUUUAAAAUCCCACCGAGGACUAAGCAUGGCUACCCACAGAUUAGUUUACCAGGGCGACCCGAUACCCAGCCAUUGUGGAAUCACCCGUACUUAUUCUGUGAUGAACGAGAUAAGGCUACCUUAUUCACACCUGGAGCUGCUUUAGUCAUAGAAUACUACAUCGCCACUGCUGCGAUGUCGGACCAGUUCUGGAAAGUCCGCAGCCCGAUUGGCUACUCAGCUGUUCUGAUGGACAAGGAUAUAUAUUCAGAGCUGAUGUCAAUGCGUGGAAAACAUGGCCUUAGAUUGGAGGGCGUGCCUAUCCAGGUUUUUAAAGAUGUUCUAACUGGUGAGGAAGUGGAGGAUAUCAACGGCAACCCACCUAAAGUUGGCAUGGUGCUACGGCUCAUCACCACCACAGAUCCAGACACCAUGGUAACCAAUAGUGACAUAGAUGCCCUUCCAACACUGGACAUGUUCUCCAAUCCGGGAAGCACCUAUCACCGCACAACUCCGGAUGUACUGAAAGUGGAGGGAGAGGAGGGAAGUGUCCACACAGAAGGUACAGCAAAGGAGGAGGAGGAGGAGGAAGGAGAGGAGUCAGAGGAUGAUGAUGAUGCUGAUAGACUCACUGGUCGACUCAUACCUACACCGCCAGGAGGAGGCUAUUAUAUGAGAAAACAGAAGAAAAGACCUUUAUCUCCACAAGUAUUUUAUCAAGUUCACACUGAUGCUCAAGGGGAGCCGAUUAAAGAUGGCGAGAUGCCUUCCCAUGGUGCCGUGGACUCUGUGCUACCAGACUACCAGUAUGUGUUUGUAGACCCCCAGGGAAAGCAGCAUGCACCCAGGGGUCGACAGCCUAGCCCCACUGGGCGUGUCCCUCGUCCUGUACAGAAAGCUGCACCAUCAAACGCACCAGCGGCAUAUACGAAGUAUGCUGCUCCAGUACAGAGUAUUAGGCCCCAUUAUAGAGAUCGACUUAGAGUUCUCCCUGACAGUCGGCAGCCUGACCUCGACAAUGCGUCUAUGAAUGUGCUUGAUCACCAGUCAAAGGAGCUGGAGAACUACCGUUUGGCAGUGCAGAAGAUGGGCCAGGACAUGGUUGCACUGCAGGAAAGGAUCCGCGAGCUUGAAAACAACAACAGUCAGCUUCGUCGCGAUCUUGCAAAUUACAACGAUGCUAGUAAACUCAUGAUCGAGUCUGCCGAACUUGAUGGCCUUUCAAAACCUGAAAUCAUGUCCCGAUACGCUGCUUUGAAGCAGACACUGCAGUCACAAACCAACGACUUGAACACGUAUAAAGACAAAGUACAGAAAGUCCAGAACGAAUUAAUCGCGAAAAACGAUGAAGAGAAGAAAUUACUAAAGCUGAAUCAGUCUCAGUCUGGACAAAGUGCAGUGAUACAGAGACUAGAGGAGAGAAUCAGAAAGUACAAAAAAAUGGAGGAGGCUUGUAAAAAACAGGAAGUUGUGAUAGAAAAGAUGGAGAGACUGCUGGAGAAACAAAAUAAGGACAAGUCAAAGAAAGGUGACAAAUCAUCUGAGGCAAACGAGGCUUUACUGGAGGAAAACAAGCGCUUGCGUUCACAAAUGGACGAACUCAGGGAGCAGCUAAGGACGGGGGCGCAAGCUGGAGAUGAGAAGGAAAAGUUUGCUAUGUACCAGGCACUAGAGCGAGCAGACGCACGAGUGCUGGCCCUUGAGAAACAGCUUGCUGAAAAUUCACGGCAGUGGGGAAAGGAACGAGCUGAUAUGCAGAUCCGACUCAAUGAAGCAGAACAUGGAUUUGGUCGUUCACAGGGCAUGGUUCUGCAUGACUACCCAACUGCAAGCUCCUAUGAACCUGUUGGUCGCUCUUACCCAAGUAGAUACACACCCAAGCAAAGACUGUCCCCAAUGCCACUCUACAGGUGA